UUACAUUAUGUUGUCUAAUGUCUAUUGUCUAAUAUUAUAAGUUCUUCGAAGUUCUAUGAUAUCAAGAUAAAUAUUGUUAAGUUUUAUUCAUAAUAUUUUUGUUUUCACGUAUUAUAAUAGUGAUAUAAGUAUCAUUUGUUUUUUAAUUCAAACAUUUUCACUUAUAAAUAUGGUUCAAGUUAAUAAAGAAGCGUAUAUACCACUGUUACCUUAUGAUCUAGGAUAUGAAGAAACUAUUUUGCAAUUGAUAAAAUCAUUAGAUUGUCUAGAUAAAGUUGUUGAAUGUGUCUAUGAACAUGUAAGAGGUAAUAUAAACUCACAAAAAUCAGAAAUUGAGAAGCUGAGUGAAAAAUUGAACAACAUAGCUAAGAAAGUACAACAGUUGUCAAAUACCAAAAAAUCAAUUCAAGUUUAUUCCAGUUCAAAAUAUCCAGCUACACAUUUACAAAAAGAUUAUGAAUAUAGUUAUAAUUUUGAAAUAAAAUCUGAUAUUACCGACAAUAUCCAAGUUGCUCAUCAAAUAUGUGUUUCCAAUGACCCAAAUGAUAAGCUUAAAUUUUACCAUGUUAAUGAUGAAAAUAAAAAAUUAUCUAAAAAUAAAGAUAUUAUUCAAAUGAAAGGUCUAGGCAGAUUACCUGAUGAUGUUAAUUACAUAAAUUCCUUGUUAUUAUUUAAUUCUAAUGAAAAUUUAUACAAAAACUAUGUUUUAUCUAAUCCCUAUAAAGUUAAAACAAUACCGACGAGUAAACAAGUCGAAACAGUUCAAUAUAUUAAUAAACCUGUAUUUACACUACCAUUGAAUGAUAUUGAAAAUCAGUUUAAUUAUUCUUAUACACCAGAAUAUGAAGAGGUUCCUACUAUUGAUGUGCCAUCUGAUUUACCCGAUCUUCCAGGAAUUGCGGGUGAUGUAUUAUGUUUUAAAAAUGAAGAAGAAAAUAUUGGCAUGCCACCUGUUAGUAAUCCAUCCAGUGUAGUAGAUCUUCCAAGUUUUGAUGAGUUAGACGAAAUUAAAAAUAAUGAAUCAGUUCCUGAACAAUUGAUACAGACUGAACAAGAAAUCAUUAAACCAGCUGAACUAGAAGAAUUGUCAACUGUUGUAUCUAUUCAAAAUAAAAAUGAUCAUAUUGAAGAAAUUGAUAAUUCUGUUAAAAAGGAUCAAAAUGUUAAUAAAACAUAUAAUGAUAAUAAUAUUAAUACACACAGUGUUUUAAUGGACGAAAUAAGAAAUGCAGGAGGAUUACAAAAAGCUAAAUUACGCUCAGUGGUUGAUAGAAAAACCAACAAUGAAACAAUGCCUACUGGAGAUGGAUUAAUGGCAGAUUUACAUAAAAAAUUAGCAAUGCGAAGACAAGGGAUUUCUGGUAAUAAUAAGCAAAAUGAUAGCGGCUUAGAAGGGGUUAUUUAUCGUAUGGCUUCAACGAUGUUACCUCCAAAUCUUGAAUCUGAAAGUGAAGCAGAUGGGGACGAUGACACAGAAGGUGAUUGGGAUGAUUGAUUAUUCAUUUAGUCCAACAUAACAUACUUUUUUAUUCAUUUAUAAUUAAAUUUGUUUUUUUUUUAUAAAUAUGUAUUAAUGUUAUAUUCAA